UUCAGAGUUAGUCAUCCACUAUUGUCCAGUGAGGGGUUAAUAAAGAUGCAAGGGACAGUGAGCCGGAGUAUAUCCUGCGCCAUACGCUGUGCUGCCAGGCUAUCAGCAUCUGUCAGGAUGUCCUCCCAAGUAACUGUGCCCCAGUCCCCAGCCCUUCUGCAGCCUCUCCAUGUCCCCCAUCGUCUAAUGCUGGGACCUGGCCCCUCCAAUGUACCUCCACGGAUACAGGCAGCUGGGGGUCUGCAGCUGAUUGGCCACAUGCACCCCGAAAUGUUCAAGAUAAUGGACGACAUUAAACUUGGAAUACAGUAUGCCUUCCAGACACAGAACAACCUGACACUGGCUGUGAGCGGCUCCGGACACUGUGCCAUGGAGGCGGCUUUUUUUAACGUGGUGGAGAAAGGCGACGUAGUGCUUGUUGCUGCAAAAGGCAUUUGGGGGGAGAGAGCUGCUGAUAUUGCUGAAAGAAUAGGUGCUGAUGUCCAUCUCCUGACAAAACUCCCCGGUGAGGCAUUCACGUUACAGGACAUAGAGAAGGGUCUGGCACAGCAUAAGCCCUCCCUCUUCUUUAUCACCCAUGGAGAAUCAUCCAGCGGAGUGGUGCAGCCGUUAAAUGGUGUAGGAGACCUGUGCCAUAGGUAUAACUGCCUGCUUCUGGUAGACUCUGUGGCAUCUUUAGGAGGUGCUCCCAUCUACAUGGACAGACAAGGAAUUGAUAUAUUAUACUCUGGAUCUCAAAAAGUAUUAAAUGCCCCACCAGGCACAGCACCCAUCUCAUUCAGUGACGCAGCGAGUAAGAAGAUAUUCAGCCGUAAGACAAAACCACCAUCGUUAUAUGUGGACCUGACCUGGCUUUCAAACUACUGGGGCUGUGAUGGGAAACCAAGAGUGUACCAUCAUACAGGACCAGUUACUAGCUUCUUCUGCUUGAGAGAAGGACUGGCGAUUCUGGCAGAGCAGGGUCUGGAGCGGUCCUGGGACAUCCACCGUGAGAAUGCUCUUAGACUUCACAAAGGAUUAGAAGCUCUAGGACUAAAACUAUUUGUGAAGGACCCUGCACUGCGACUCCCCACUGUGACAACAGUCAGCGUGCCAAACGGGUAUGACUGGAAAGACAUCAUCACGUAUAUCAUGAAGAAUCACAGCAUUGAAAUCACUGGAGGGCUGGGGCCCUCUUCUGGAAAGGUUCUACGUAUUGGACUCAUGGGCUACAAUUCAACUAAAACUAAUGUAGAUCGGGUUUUGGAUGCUCUGCGUGAUGCUCUGCAGCACUGUACCAAGAACAAGAUGUAAAUGCUCUGCACUGUACGGCUGAAGCACUGUAUCUCAGCAUCAUCCCUUUUCACACAUCUCCAAUUCGUGUCCCUCCUUCCUGUCCCUGAACAGUACAAACAUUUGAAACUUAGAAAUAAAUAUCUUUCAAUAAUCA